UUAGGGAAAGAGGAAAUAAAUGAAAUAGCACACCCACCAACCCCACUACAUAAAAAAAGGAGUGGUUUUUAUAUUUAAGGAGAGACAGCGUAGUGUUUGUCUUGUGUUGGAUUUCACAAAUGGCUUCAAGGUUGCUGUGGGCUUCAAGGGCGGCUUCCUACCUCAGAAUCCAAACCACCUUCAGAGGAUUUGCUUCUGUUGUGAAGGAUCUCAAGUAUGCCGAUUCUCAUGAGUGGGUGAAAGUUGAUGGAAACUCCGCAACUGUUGGAAUAACUGAUCAUGCGCAAGAUCACUUAGGUGAUGUUGUGUAUGUUGAGUUGCCAGAAAUGGGGGCUGCUGUGAAGCAGGGCGAAGGCUUUGGAGCAGUCGAAAGUGUCAAGGCAACCAGUGAUGUUUACUCUCCUGUGUCAGGAAAAGUGACUGAAGUCAAUGAAGAGCUUAGUAACUCCCCUGGUUUGGUCAACUCAAGCCCGUAUGGGGAUGGGUGGAUAAUGAAAGUCGAGAUAAGCGAUAGUGGUGAACUGAAUAAAUUGUUGGACGCGGAAAAGUACACCAAGUUUUGUGAAGAAGAAGAUGCACAUUGAUUGAUCCUGGCCAAUGGCAGCAGGCGGUUCACCCGGAUGAAUUGCUUCUGCACAAAAUGUAACGGGAGUAGUCAAAACUGCAAAUUUACCUCUGUACUUUUAUGCAGUGUAUUUACUUCGCUUUUGUUCCGCAUGAGUAAUCAAUUUUAAAGGGAUCGUUGUUUCAAUCUGGAUAAUGAAUGAUAAGUUUUGUCGUUCUUUUA